GGGAGGGGGAGAGGCGGGGCCUGCGCGCGAGGCGGAGGCCGGCGGCAGGCGGGGCCGAAAUUACCUCAGCGGUGCGGGCUGGGCUGCGUCGUGGCUGCUGCUUGGCUGGCUGGCGAAGCGCUCUCCUCCUCGGUCUCCGCGGCCGCCGCACUCUCUCCCUUCGCCGCUCCCUUCCCUUGCCGGGGUCCUCUGGCUCCUUUCCUUCCUCCGUGAGUGGAGGGCGGGGGAAUACCACCCCAGGCAAGAAGAAGGAGGAGGAGCCGGCGGCGAGGAAGACCUCGGGCGAGGAAGAGCCCCCCCAGCCCUCCUCCUCCUCCUCACCCCCACCCCCCUCUCCCUCCCUCCCUUCCUCUCCCCCCCUCCGGCCCAGCGAAGCCAGGUCCGCAGGCGGCACCCUCCGCGGCGGCGUCCUCAUCAUGUCGGCGGGCGGGGACUUCGGCAACCCGCUGCGGAAAUUCAAGCUGGUCUUCCUCGGGGAGCAGAGCGUGGGGAAAACGUCUUUGAUUACCAGGUUCAUGUAUGACAGCUUUGAUAACACCUACCAGGCAACAAUUGGUAUUGACUUCUUAUCAAAAACCAUGUACUUGGAGGAUCGCACAGUACGGUUGCAAUUAUGGGACACAGCAGGUCAAGAGCGGUUCAGGAGCUUGAUUCCUAGCUACAUUCGUGACUCCACUGUUGCAGUUGUUGUUUAUGAUAUCACAAAUGUAAACUCAUUCCAGCAAACUACAAAAUGGAUUGAUGAUGUCAGAACGGAAAGAGGUAGUGAUGUCAUCAUCAUGCUAGUAGGAAACAAAACAGAUCUAGCAGAUAAGAGGCAAGUGUCAAUUGAAGAAGGAGAGAGGAAAGCCAAAGAGCUGAAUGUAAUGUUUAUUGAAACUAGCGCAAAGGCCGGCUACAAUGUAAAACAGCUUUUCCGGCGUGUGGCUGCUGCAUUGCCUGGAAUGGAAAGCACACAGGACAAAAGCAGAGAAGACAUGAUCGACAUCAAACUUGAAAAGCCCCAAGAGCAGCCAGUCAGUGAAGGGGGCUGUUCGUGCUAAUAGUGUGUUGCUUUUCUCUUACUUUUCUCCAGACCAUCACUGCUUCUUUCCUCCCUCCCUUCCCUUGACUCAUUGACAGCAGUGUGACUAUUGGCUUGCCCUUUUCUCCCCACCCAUGUCAGUAACAUAGCGUGGUUCAUCAUUGCUUCCUGUCUCGUGAAGAUGAUCUGUUAGCUUCACAAGCACAAAAGAAAGUCAGUGUCUUGGUUAUUUAUAAGGAAACAAACAAAGAGCCAAAAUGAUUCUAGCAUAUUCCAGUAAGUCUAAAAACAAAGAGAAAGAUAGGCACAAAAUUGGUAAAUAUUUUGUUCCUUUUUUUAAAAAAGUUCUUAUAUUGCACUUUUGGAAUGAUGGAAAUGGGAGUAAAAAUGUGGUCUGGAUUUGGUGAAAAGGGAUGUGCAAGGUAAUACUCUGACUGGAAAAAUAGCCAGUAUUCAGGGCAAGCAAAGUGGAGAGAUUGUAUGAUGAAAGCUUAUCCUUUUCCAAAACAAAAAUUGCUUUGCCUUUUCAGCCAAGAUCCUCUGACCCUUUCCCCCUAACAAUAGCCUUUUAGAAAUGCAGAGCUGGCUAUUGCAUUUUAAUUUUUUAUUACUAUUCUUUUAUAGUAUGGCCAAACAUCCUCCUGGCAUCUGCUAAUGAGAUGUUUUUUUACAGGGGCAAGGUUACAGAUUGGGUUGGCUAUACAGAGUUUUAGAAAUCUUGUUUGUUCUAUAUAGAUGCCCCUCAGAGCAAAAACAUUUUGCUAUUGCAUUGGGGUGGAAUGUUUUCAAACUUGGGAGAGGCAUAGAGGCUUGAAACAGGUUCUCUUUUGGCAUCAAAAAAAAUAAUUUGGUUAAACUGAAUCAAGAUCUCCAAAAAGUAGGAUGUUGAAGCUACCAAACAGUGAGCAUAAAAUAUAAAAGUUAAUGUGUAAUGAGGAGGAAGAAGGGACAGGCUAUUUCUAGUUAAGUUCAAGGUAAAUGGAAAGAAGGGUAGGGGAGUUUACUUGUAAAAAGUAGGUUUGAAAAGUCCCUUAGCUGAGGAGGGGAAGGGAACACAGUAAGAUGGAAACAAACUUAAAAUUAUGCAGAUUUUGCCUUUUUGUUUUCUUUUUUUUUUAACAUUGGGUCUUCAGAGUCUAGUAUAUUUGUUAAUUCUGCAUAGUUUGGUUAAAUAACUGGUUGUUUAGUAUUAACGGAAUUAUAAUUAACUAUGGUUUCUUUCAAUAUUUAUUUCUCUGCUUUAAUUUUUUUUACUUUUUGUUGUUAAGGGUGUUUUUUUGUUUUGUUGAGGAACUUAUUAAUCCAUUUUAGUGCUUUGCUGAAGUCACAAGAUGUAGCUACCCAAGAGAAACACUGAGACAUGGACACACAUUCACACACUUACUCUAGAAGUGCACUCUCUUAAUCUGUACUAGUCAUUGUGAAUUGCUGCGUAAGUUAAACACAAUUGUAAAUACAUUGUUUGCAGGAGGAUAUUUGCAGCUGAGAGGGGUACAAAACACCUGUUUUCUAAAUGAUAACACUUAAAGCAGGGAGGGGUCUCCCUCUCCUUCUUGAAUACCCUCAUCUUAAGGGAGAAGCCCUCUCCUCUAGCAUCCCAGCUUCGGCUGGACACACGCAAGGUUUCCGUUUUUCCUGCAUUGUGGAACUGGAAUGGCAAGUUCAUCACUUUGACCUGAGUUUCCAAUAACUUUGCAUAUACCAGUAGUGUCAUGUUAUGGGACAGAAUAAGACAUACAAAUGCUUUUAAUGCAAUAUUGAAGAGGUGAUUUUCUUUUCUUUUCUUUUCUUCUUCUUUUUUUUAAAGUAGCAUGUCUGGAAAUAUGUGUUUAAAUAUGGUGACAGAUGACAUUCUUUAAAAAAAAAAGAAACUAUAGGAGACGUGGCUACUUUUCCUGUAUUGUUGUAUUCUUACAUGUGCGCGCAAAAAACAAAAUCCAUCUUGCUGCUUUUAAUAUUGAGUUUUCCGUGGCUUGGGUUCUUAAAGCAAUGAAAUGUGUACACGGGUUGGAUUUUUUUAAACAUGCACAGAAUUUUUGGCUUCCAAUAAAGUAUCUAAUCAAAAACACUAAAACACAAA